AGUUUCCCCUUUUCUUUUUUUCUCAAAUCAGUUUUGCUCCUGGAAUAAUCUUUGCUCUAGCCAGAACAUAAAGGGAGGCUGCAUCCAAGACAAGUUUUCUCAGACACAGGACACAGAUGUGUAUUGCUAGACCAGGAGAGGAAGCAAGGAGACUUUUGACUGCACAGGCUCAGACAGGACAACGCUGCUUACUAAUACUUCAACAUGUUGGAAGAGGAUAGUGAUGAAACAUGUUGGAAUAACCUGGAGAACUUCCGGGUGAAGCUGAUCUCUGUGAUAGAUCCUUCCCGUAUAACACCCUAUCUUCGCCAGUGCAAAGUGAUCAGCCAUGAUGAUGAGGAACAAGUUCUUAACGACCCCAGCCUGGUCAUGCGCAAACGGAAGGCAGGUGUUCUUCUGGACAUUCUUCAGCGAACAGGACACAAGGGCUUUGAGGCGUUUAUGGAGAGUCUUGAGCUUUAUUACCCACAACUGUAUAAGAAAAUAACUGGCAAGGAUCCCAGCAGGGUUUUCUCUAUGAUUAUAGACACCGCUGGGGAAUCUGGCCUGAGCCAGCUCCUGAUGAACGAGAUCAUGAAGCUGCAGAGCACCAUGCAGGAGGAGCGGCGGAAGGCCCAGGAGCUCACCAUGUGGCUGCACACCAAAGAGGACACGAUCAGAGAGAUGUGGGUGAGGGACAGCCUGCUCCGCAAGCACCAAGAGCGGGCGCAGAAGAUGAAGGAGGAAAGGGACAGCCUGGGCAAGGAGCUGCGGAAGUGCAAGGACGAGAACUACAACCUGGCAAUGAGCUAUGCCAAACAGAGCGAGGAGAAGAGUGCUGCCCUCAUGAAGAACCGGGACCUAAUCCUAGAGAUCGAUCACUUGAAGCACAGCCUCAUGAAGGCUGAGGAUGACUGCAAACUGGAGCGUAAACACACGAUGAAACUGAAGCAUGCCAUAGAGCAGCGCCCAAGCCAUGAGGUGAUGUGGGAGAUCCAGCAGGAGAAGGAGUUGCUCCUGGCCAAGAAUCAGGAGCUGGAGAACACUCUCCAGCAGGUUGCCAGGGAACAGAAUUUAGAGAAGAGCCUCUCCAAGGAGACCCUGGAGAAUGACUGUAGCCAGAUACUAGAAGAACGCCGGGAGCUGAUGAACACCAUUUACAGCCUUCGCAAGGAGCUACGGCAAGCUGAGGUCCUCCAAGACAAAGUACGUGAUGCAGUGCAAGUUCCUGCUGAGGGUCUGUCAUAUGCAGAGGAAAAAGAGAUGCUUGAACUACAGUGCACAUCUCUGAGGAAGGACUCCCAGAUGUAUAAAAAACGGAUUGAAGCUGUAUUGCAGCAGAUGGAAGAAGUGGCUUCAGAAAGAGACCAGGCGCUCCUGACCCGAGAACAGUUCUAUGCGCAGUAUUCCAAGAACCUGGUUGAGAGGGACACUUACCGCAAGCAGAUUCGGGAGCUGGGGGAGCGAUGUGAUGAAAUGCAACUGCAGCUCUUCCAGAAGGAGAGUCAGUUACUGGCUACUGAAGCCAAGCUGAAAAGGUUGCAACUGGAGCUCCCCACACCAACCUCUGACCUGGAUGAUACCUCCUCCAGAGAUUCCCAGGAACUUACUCUUCAUGGUCAUCUAGAUGAAGAUACACAACCGACUAAAAAAGACUGCCCUGAAGGACAAAACCAGCAAUUUAGCACUCGAGAGAGCAGUCUGCCUCCAAAGUCACCAAGUUUCAAGGACUGUAGCUUAGCCAACGAGGAACUGGCAGAAAAGGAGCGGAAGAGGAUGAAGGACUGCUUUGAGCGUUACCGAAGGUCUGGACUUUAUCUUGUUUUCAGAAAAAGAGCACUGCGCAGGGCACCGAAGGACCGGCACCACGAGGCCGACUGGGAGAACACCACCGGCAGCGACAACACUGACACCGAAGGCUCCUGAGAGCAGGAGCCAACCUGCGAGGGAAACGCCAGCCUGGCCGGAGGGGCUGUGCCCUCUGUACUAUUUAUCUCUCAAUGGACGAGUUGGAUUUUAAAACCAUGUAACAAACAUUUAUGAGAAGUUGAUGUUUGUAACGGGACAGCGUUUUUUAGCUCUGCUGUCCCCUUGUCCAUCUCUCUCUUAGAACUGCAGUGCUGUGAAAGGGGUGCGGUGCACAAAUAAAAUAAACAGA